AUGAGCCACUUCAACAACCCCGACUCCGUCGCUACAAACAAACAGGGUGAAUUCCACCCCUCGGUGAAACCUACGGCUCCUAUGGAGCAGGGCGGUCACCAACCAGGAAGAAAGGUCGCUCCUAGCGACUUCGUCCCCGAGUUCCGCGCCGAGAGUCAUCCCCCUGGUACCGCGCCCGCCAGCAGCUCCUACCAACCUAAUCCUACUGGCGAGGUGGGCAGCCAGGCACUCAACCCCAAUGUUGAGCGCAGCCAUGGCAAGGAAUCUGUCAAGACCAACGCCAGCGAUACCUUGAUGGGCGCUACAUCGCAGGACGUGCACCGCGGCCUAGGCCACCCUGGUUCGGGCCAGACUAGCAACGAGCUUCAUCAUGAUGAACAGCAUGGACGCAAGGGCCAGAGUGCGGGCUUGGAACAGGUUGGAGCUAGCAGCGGAAGUAAAUUUGAGAGACAGAUGCCGAGCCAGCGUGGUUUGGAGCGCGAUGAGGCGCGCCCUGGUCAGCGCGGUGAUAAGGGUGCUUUGGCUGCAGAGGAUCGCGUGCCGGAGCCGGCAGAGACGGCGGCCGCCGAGUGGAAGUACGAGCCUUCGACUAAGAGGGAUAACACGCACAAGCAUUGA